AUGGAGUCCGGCACUCCUCCCGGCUGGGCAUCCCUGAACUCUAUCCACAUUUGCUUCCAGAUCCUAGAAGGAGACCAGGCCAUCCUGCAGAGAAUAAAGAAAGCUGUGCGGGCGAUCCACAGCUCCGGCCUUGGCCACGUGGAGAAUGAGGAGCAGUACCGAGAGGCUGUAGAGUCCUUGGGCAACAGCCACUUGUCCCAAAACAGUCAUGAGCUGUCCACCGGCUUCCUGAACUUGGCCGUGUUCACCCGCGAGGUGGCUGCACUUUUCAAGAACCUGGUUCAGAAUCUGAACAACAUUGUCUCAUUCCCCCUGGACAGUCUAUUGAAGGGGCAACUGAGGGACGGGCGACAGGUGAUUGUUCGGGCCUCUCUUUCCUUGGGGCCUAGGGCCAGGCUGGAGAAGGAAAGGGACCGGGCCAGAGUGACAGGAGGGAGCCCUGGGGAGGUGGCCCAGGACACACAGAGAGAACGGCGCGUCUUCCAGCUGCACAUGUGUGAGUAUCUGCUGAGAGCCGGGGAGAGCCAGAUGAAGCAGGGUCCUGAUUUCCUGCAGAGCCUCAUCAAGUUCUUCCACGCCCAGCACAACUUUUUCCAAGAUGGCUGGAAGGCCGCUCAGAGCCUGUCCCCCUUCAUCGAGAAGCUGGCAGCCUCUGUACAUGCACUGCGUCAAGCCCAGGAGGAGGAGCUACAGAAGCUGACCCAGCUCCGGGACUCCCUCCGAGGGACACUGCAGCUUGAGAGCAGAGAGGAGAAUCUGAGCCGGAAGAACUCAGGAGGUGGCUACAGCAUCCAUCAGCACCAAGGCAACAAGCAGUUUGGGACGGAGAAGGUGGGCUUUCUGUACAAGAAAAGUGACGGAAUUCGAAGAGUCUGGCAGAAAAGGAAGUGUGGAGUCAAGUACGGCUGCCUGACCAUCUCACACAGCACGAUAAACAGGCCCCCCGUGAAGCUGACCCUGCUGACGUGCCAAGUGAGGCCAAAUGCUGAGGAGAAAAAGUGCUUUGACCUGGUGACCCACAACAGGACAUACCACUUCCAGGCAGAGGAUGAACAUGAGUGUGAGGCGUGAGCCUUCGCUAACGGGCAGGACUUUGGACAGCUGCUGCCUGGGCCUGACGGCCAGAUCAGAGGUCACCUGGACACCAAGGCUGCUGACGGGAACAGUCCCCUGCACUGCGCUGCUCUCUACAAUCAGCCCGACUGCCUCAAGCUGCUGCUGAAAGGGAGAGCUUCGGUUGGCACAGUGAACGAGGCAGGAGAGACAGCUCUGGACAUAGCCAGGAAGAAGCAGCACAAGGAAUGUGAGGAGCUGCUGGAGAAGGCCCAGGCGGGGACUCUCGCCUUCCCUCUGCACGUGGACUACUCCUGGGGACUCUCCACAGAGCCUGGCUCCGACAGUGACGAGGAGGAAGAAGAGAAGCGCUGCCCUCUGAAGCCCCCAGCCCAGACCCGCUGGGCCAGUGGGAGGGUCGACCUCAGCAACAAGACGUACGAGGCCAUCGCCACCCUGGGACCAGCUGCCCCUCAGAGCGAGAGUGAGGCCUGCCCCCCGCCCUUGCCGGUCAAAAACCCUUCUCGGACCAUGGUCCAAGGGCGUGUGGGACAUACCAGUGGAGAUCGUUCCGAAGUCCCCAGCCUGAGCUUAGAGCCUUCUGGGGCCCCUGAGAGCCUGGGCAGUCCAGCCUCCACCCCUUCCAGCCUCUCAAGCCCUGGGGAAGCUGGAGGUCCCAGCCAAACCCCCCCACCGAGCUCUGAGGAGGGCCUCUGGGAGCCCCCGGGCCCCUCCCGCCCCAGCCUGACAUCUGGAACCACCCCCACGGAGAUGUAUCCCCCGGUCAAGUUCAGCUCCGAGAGCACCCGCUCCUACCGGCGGGGUGGCCGGAGCCUGGAAGACUGUCCCUCAGCCAGACAGCCUCUGUGCAGAAGGAACACGCUGGUUGGCUUCACUGAAGGAGAGGGCUCAAAGGGGGGUUCUCCUGGAAACUCUGCGCAGCUUUUGCAAGACUAG